CUCCCCAUCCACCCCUAGCGCCAUGCCGGCAGCCUGCGCCCUGCUGCUGCUGCUGCUGGGGCUGCUCCCGGCGGCAGGGUCCUUGCCCCUCGCUUCCACCCGGCGCCUUCCUCCCCCUCCGCCUCCUCCUCCUCCGUCCCGAAGUCGCCUCGGCCGCCCCUGCUCGCCUCCAGCCGCGGGACACGCCGGCAGCCCGGUCACUGAAAGCAGCCAUCAGAUGAGAAAAAGUUCCAACAUGGAGAUGAGGACUUCUGGUGCUCUCAUGGACAGUGUGGAGCUGGUGACAAUGCUGGCUGAGAGCGGGGAACAAGCAUCACUGCCUGCCAAGCACACUGUGGUGCCAGCAGUGAGCAGGAUCACAGGGAACGUUGGUCCCCCUGCCAGCAGUGGGGCUGUCACCCUGCCAGGAGCAGUAUCUCCAGAUAGCCCAUCUGGGACGGCGACCCACCUGCCCGUGCCCAGCCAUCCUUCUGCUGCUGGAAGUCGUCACCGUGCUGCGGGCAGCUGGGAGAGAGGCAAGAGGGCUCUGGCUUCCCCUGGCACCCCUGCAGCUGCCGAGAGGACCCCACAGCUUUUGGAAGCCACAAGCACUGAGUUGGCUGAGAGGACACUGGGCAGGCAUCAUGGGGACUGGGACAUGCUGGGGUCCAACAAUGCAACAAGGACGGUGCUGCUGCCUGCAUCUGUGGAGAGUCGCCCCCGAGGCUCUGACAGCCCUUCUCGAAUGGUGAGUGGCUGGGUGGGCACAGAGCCAGCCAGCAGCCCUCCCACGGGCACCAUGGGUGCUUCACCCUCAGGGAGUGGUGGGGGGACACGGCGACCCCUGCGCAGCACUCCUGCCCCUGGCUCACCAGGACAGCCCCACUCCUCGCCCCAGGGCUCCAGUACCCAGACUGGUGCAAACCGCUUGACAGUACACCCCAGGGAUCUCAUGGGGGACUCCACAAGGUCUGUGCUGACAGCAUUGCCUGCCACGGAUGGCACUUUCAGAGCUGCUGGGAGCAGCAGUGGGGCUGCAGAAGACCUGAAGUCCAGUAUCCGAAGGGCAGUGCCCGGCUCUGUAGCUGAGCCCCUGGUCUGGGUGCCCUCCUCAGUGGCCCCGGCACAGGAACGUUUCCACAGACCCUCCACAGAGCACCAGCUCAGCACUUCUCUCCUAGCUUUGGAAAGCGCUGCCACAGCCAUUGGAAACAGCUACCAGCCAUCCAACGUCUUGGCCACAGAGAGGAGAGUUUCGGAUUUCCCCUCCACCGGUACCUCUGUUUCCACAACAGCCACCAGGAGUGGAGGGAGGAUGUUAAGGUCUCUGCCAACCAACACCGGGCUUACCAAUGCAGCAGAGAUUUCCACCACUGGUACUGAAAUCACCAGCUCUUCAGACCAGACCUGGUCUCCUGGGAUGUCCUUGGAAGCUCAGGGUGGUGGUGGUGGUAGAGGUGCCACAGACCUGCUGCUCACGAGCUCACUGUCUGCUUCAGAGAACGCUUCCACAACUUUUAGCAGCAAUUAUGAACCCAAGAGCAUCCCAACUGCAAAAGAGGCAACAGUGCACUUGGAUGCCCGUGGUGCUGAUAGGCCCAGUGUGGCAGCAGGGGCACCAGGGUCCCCCACAAAUGGCCACAUAGCCACGGUGACAACGGACUCUGCCAGCAGUACUGACCCCACCAGCUUUUUGGGAUGGACCUUCUCCUCCUUGAGGACUGGGACACAUGGUCCUAAUGGCUUACUGGAAGCCACCGACCUCUCUUCACCUGCUGGAAAGCCUUUGCUCACAAGUUCACGCUCUGCCUCCGAAAGUACUUUCAGAGGUGUCAGAAGCAGCCACCGACCAGUUAACAGCUCAACGACAGAGCGAAAAACCCUUGCUUCCUCUCCCACCAGAGAUUUCCUUUCAGCCACAGCCACCAGCAGUGGUAGGAAGGCCCUGAGGUCUGCCACAGGCAGCAGCCAAUGGGCAGCAGAAGCCUCUACAUCCAGUAGUGCCAUGUACAGGACCUUGGACACGAUCCAAUCCUCAUCCACAUCUUCUGUGAGAGAGACCUACAGAGCUCAUGGGUCCAGAGAAACCACGAGUUUCACGGAGAAGGUGGCAGACCCUUUGCUAACACACUCUCACUUUCCUUUGGAAGGUCCUUCCCCAGCUACUGGAAGCAGCCUUGCAUCAUUCAGCAUCCUGUCAACAGAGAGAAGAACCGAUUUCCCCACCACCAGGACCUCUGUUUCCACAGCAGCCACUAAGGGUGGAGGGAGGACAUUAAGGUCUCUGCCAGCCAGCACCAGGCUGUCCCAAACAACAGAGUUUUCUGCCACUGGUACUGGAACAAUCAUCUCUUCAGACCAUACCCAGUCCUCUUUAGGAGCCCGGGCUGAUGGUGGCAGAGGUGCUACAAUGAUGUCCACAGACCCAUUGCUCACAGGCUCACUGUCUGCUUUGGAAAGUGCUUCCCCAGCAGAACGGACCUCAGCUAUGAAAGAACACCUGCCCAGUCCUCCUUUUACCAGUACGCCCAGCUCAGUGACAGCUACCAGUGGUGGGCAGAGGACCCCAAUGCCUAUGUCAGACACCCAUGCAGCAUCCAGCAUGGCAGAGAGCUCCGCUCCCCCUUCACUCCAUACCAGAACCUUGGAUGUGGUCCUUCUGUCGUCCUCAGCAGCAGCAGAGCCUGAGAGAGAGAGCAAUGUUUCGCAGUACAGUGUUGGACUGGGUGAACCUGCAACAAAGUCGCUGCCUACGGUUCCUCCCAGUGUUUCAGUGCCUGUACCCUCACCAAGUGCUUCAGAGAAAGGAAGAAGAGUUCCUGGUGCUCCUACUGAGACCACGUACAUCUCAAUGACACUCUCCAGCCAUGGGGAGGGGACAUAUCAGCCUGCAGCUAAUCAUGGCACGUGGAGCACAGCAGUGACAAGCCAUACGUCUCACUCGCCCGGGGAAUCUCACACCGGCCCCCUCCCAUCCUCCACAGCGUGGUCUGGGGCGGGACAUGUCUCGUCCAGCCAAGCAGGGUACCCAGAGCCCAAGGUCACCCUUUCAUCCAAGGUCUCCACCUACUUCUCAGCUACCGGUGAACCUUCCACCACGGGCAGCAGCCAUCGCUCACUAAGCAGCUCAAGUGCCAAGGAAAGGCUGUCUAGCCCCAUCACGGAUCCUGCGUACAGUACCUCCACGUCAGCUGACGGUGGAGAAAGGAUCUUGCGCUCGGUGACAGCCAGCGUGUUGGCCAGUGGCACUGAGAGCUCUCCUUCCUAUGGCAAAGCUGCCAGCUCUCCAAAGCCAGAUCCGCCAGUGUCGGUGGAGCACAGUGGGAUGGCCAAUGCCUCGGCCAGCAGCGUGGGCUUCACGGACUUUGCAACAGAGACGCUCUUCACACGUUCUUCCAAGAUGCCCACUUAUUCUUCCUUCCAAAAUGAUCUCACAAGCUUUUCAAGUAGCCAUCAGCCAGUCAGUAGCAUUGAUGCUGAGAAACGGACCUCAGUUUCUCAUACAGAUGGCACAUACAUUUCAACCACGUAUACCAGAGGAGGAGAAAGAACCCUCUUAUCUAUCUCAAAUAGCAGCACCUCUGCUGACUCCUCAGAAAGUUCUACCUUUUUUUCUGAGAUUUCUAACCCUUCCGAUUUAUCAAAGACUUCUGUAGCACAGGAUGGGAGGAGCAACUUAUCCAACGAUAGCAGUUUUGUUGAACCAUCUACAGAACCAUUGCUAGUACGCUCUUCUAAGCUAUUGACUUCUUCUGCACGCAGUGUACAAAAUACCACUGUCUUCAAAACUGAGUCUGAAUUAUUGACCACUGACAGAUCAUCUCUGUCUUCAUCAGCAUUUCCUGCCUCUUCCUCAGCAUCAUCAAUGUAUCACUCGCUAUCAUCUACACCACCAACUUAUUUGUUUACCUCAUCAGAGUCAUCUGACCCACUCUCGUCCUCUGUGAUGGCGACUUCACCCCCUCUGGAGGCUUUGUCAUCCUCCUUGCCCACUUCCCCCUUGCUUUCCCCAUCUUAUUCAUUAGCAUCUUUAUUGCCUCUGUUUUCAUCACCAUCAUCCAUCUCACAGUCCAAUGAUAGUGGUCAAGCAAGCACCUCUGUAGCUACGACUGUAGUCAGGGGGGUGCCCUCCACAGCUGCUGAAACUGGGAGCUCACCCAGAGGGACCAACAAGCACAAUGUAACACACCAGCCCCGAAACAGCACCACCUUCACCUCCACUGGGUCUCCUCCUCUCCCCACGGGGCCCAUGGAGCAACUUGGUGGUCGUAUCGUGUCUGUGUCUGUUCCUGUGACAGUAAUGGAGACCACCUCGCUGAAAGCCACCACCACUCAGGGGAGCAGCUCCAGGAAGGCAACACCACUGGUCACCAUGCCUGGCAGUGCCCCACGGGCUGGGCCGACAGAUGCACCUCUGAGUUCCUCACCAAGUGCAACAAACCACAGUGUCUUUGUCCCUGCAGUGGCACUGACCACAGUGAAACCACCUGCACUGACAACACUGGCCAGUCACCAGUCAACUGUAGGUGAUGCUAGCUCCACAAAAGCCCACAGACCUCAAACGACCAUUGCCACUAAGCAUGUGUAUACCACUGCUGAAAGCACAGAAGCUGUGGAUCCCACCACUGCAAGGCCUGAUAAAGUCACCAAGGAAACCAUUCCUGUUAUAAGACCUUCUGAAGUCCCUUCAACCAUUAAGACCACUGUGAGCAUUGCAACUACUUUAGUUGCUACCAAGCCAACCACUGUUCCUCUGUCAAGUAGCACAGUUGGACUGAGGACAUCGUCUCCGGCAACAGAUGUGGAUAAAUGUCUUUCCAACCCUUGUCCUGCACUGGCCACCUGCAACAACACCCGUGGCUCCUAUAUCUGUCAGUGUCCUCUUGGAUAUGAGCUGGAAAAAGGAAAGUGCAAUUUAGUAAGAAUAUUUAUUGGCCAGGUCCCCCUGAAAUUUAAUAUUACCCAUGGGAAGUAUGCAGAGCUCCUUCACGUUGAGGCUGAAAUCCUGGCGAUGCUCGAUUCAUCACUGUCAGGCUUGCCAGGGUACCACCACUCCACAGUUAAAGCAACCAGGGAGACAAAUUUUGUGUAUGUUUCAGUGCAAUCCACAUUCUCUUUAGCAUCCAACAUUACUUUCUACGAUGUUGUCAGCAGUGUCAAAAGCUACAUUCGAGCUUGCAAAUCUCCCACUGAAGCCUGCCAGUUCCUCUCCAGCCUGAAAACCCUCCACAGAGUUGGCAGCUUGUGCAGGCAGAAAGACCCUGAAUGUGACAAGGAAACUUCUGAAUGCACCGACUUUGAUGGAGUUGCGCUCUGCCAGUGCAAAAGUGGGUACUUCAAAUACAACAAGAUGGAUCACUCCUGCAGAGCCUGUGAAGAUGGAUACAAGCUGGAAAAUGAGACCUGUGUGAGCUGCCCAUUUGGCUUGGGCGGAUUCAACUGCGGAAACCCCUAUCAGCUCAUCACCGUGGUAAUCGCAGCUGCUGGAGGGUUACUUCUGCUUAUCAUGGGCAUAGCACUGAUUGUCACCUGCUGCCGGAAGAAUAAAAAUGACAUAAGUAAACUCAUUUUCAAGAGUGGGGAUUUCCAGAUGUCACCAUAUGCUGAGUAUCCGAAGAACCCCCGGGCACAGGAGUGGGGAAGAGAGACCAUUGAGAUGCAGGAGAAUGGAAGCACCAAGAACCUGUUGCAGAUGACAGAUGUGUAUUAUUCGCCAACUGGACUGAGAAAUCCUGAACUGGAAAGAAAUGGACUUUAUCCACCCUACACUGGUUUGCCUGGAUCUCGGCAUUCAUGCAUCUAUCCUGGACAAUACAAUCCAUCCUUCAUUAGUGACGAAACCAGAAGAAGAGACUAUUUUUAGCAUGGACUGGAAAAGGCAUGGAAGAUUGACACAGUUUUGUGGCCCUUGAUCCCCAGGUACAAUCUGUGUCACGGGCAGUUCAGCUCACAUCGAUCUUACUCUUCCCAUUUAACAGGAAGAGCUUUGAACUUUACACCAAGCAUUACUGCUCUGAAGAACACUGAGCAGCAGAGAGGAGAAGGAGGAGGAGGGAAUGGCUCAAGGUGCACAUCACUAAAACACCCAGAUGGAAGUUAACACAAGUACUUCAGAUUUGUUCUGUGCUGCUUCUUCACUCUUUACACUGCAUAGCAAGCAUGGAUCAGAACAGGCCAAUGAACUGUGCUUAGCACUCUACAUUUAAUACCACUAGGGAGUGUUUUGUUUACAGAUCGUGUUCACUGUUGACUGUGCUUGUCUUCUUAGACAACUUUCAUGCAAGAUUCACUGUGCAUGUACUUUUGGUAGGGCAAGUUUGUCCACUCCCUUUUCCAAUGCUACAUUGCUUUCUGCUUCAUACAUGACGGGGAAGCUGGCUCAUCCUCUGUCCCUCACCUUCUUACUGGUAGAAGUUCUCCCGACAGCUCGGUCCUUGUUGAAGGCUGGUGCCUGCCAAUGUUGUCUGAAUUCAGGGGUUGACUGUCACCAAGGCGCAUGGGAAGGUUAGUCACACCAGUGCAAUUCUAGCUGAAAAAAGACACAGUUGAUCCUGUAUGCUGCUUUGAAAACUUCCCUUAUAUAGGGAAGAGUCCAAAUAUAUUGUUGUGUUGUGAACCAGUGUUGUUCAGAAGUGAUGUCACUACACAUCAUCAUAGUGCAUCUGUAUAGGAUCUUAAGGGGCUCUGUUUCCCUGCGGUGAUUUAAAUGGCUGUUAGAAGCAGCAGUAUAAUGUUAAAUAGUUGCUCACAGCAAAGAAAAACAUGAGCUGGGAAUUCACCAUGCUCCUUACAAGGAAUCUGGAAAGGAGCGAUAAAGCUAUAUCCCUGGUUAAGCAGGUGGAAUGUGAAUUCUGGGCACUGCAGGUGGGACAUAGUUUUCAAGCCUCCAGAGCCCACCUUGGCUUCAGUAGGAGCUGUGGAGGCUUUUCAGUACAUUGGAAAAUAAGGCUCACUGUAGUCAGUUGGAUUUAUGGGAGAGAAAAACAUGAUGCUUUCAAUCCUCCUGGAACAAAGUUCACUUACGUUGAAGAGUUUUGCUUUCUUCCAUCCUGGUUUCGAGUGAUUCAGACAAGGCAGGUUUCCUCACCUAGGUGUGUUAAUUCGUAUUAUUCACAUUGACAAAGCUGAAGAAUGUAAGUUAUUAUAUUUCUUGACAGAGAUCAGAUUGAAAGCUUAUGAACUCUAUUCUGACUUGAGACGAGUUUUGAAAGUAAUCUUAUUAAUGAAGUAUAUUUACCACUUUUCUUUACUGCAGUGCUUGAAAAGACACAGUGCCAUCAAGGAAGUUCAUAAGGUAGCUCAGCUCACUAAAGCACUAAUGACCAUGGGAUGUGUCCCCCAAAGUGCGAAGGGCAGUUCAGAUGCUGAUGUGUUGUGUAGUUGCUCAUUGGAGGCAAACCUAGGGUCAUGAGGAGCCCUCCAUCAGGAAGCAGGUAGUGUUACUUGUGUCCUGUGGAUGCCAUGAGUCCCCAGAUCCUUUCCCAGCACUUCAAAAGCUGUUGCAUUCCCUAUCAAAAGCAAGCAACAGCUACCUGGAGGAAGGACAGCUUGCACUAGGCAGUCAUCAGCUGUGUGGGCUAAGAGGUUUCUGGUCCCUGCUCAUAUUUACUUCUAUUUUCUCAAAACUACAAGGCCAGAAAGGAACCACAAAUGUGCUUAAGAACACUUAGUUCGGUGCAUCAGCCAUAGCACACAAAUACAGUGUCUUUUUAGGCCUCACUUCUUAUCUACUAUGUAGAAACAGCAGUGCUGGCUUGCGGAAAACCAGAACUUUCUGGUUGCAUAGGGCAGUAUGCUUUGCUCUUACAUGAUCUUAUGGUGAUGAUCUAUGCGACUUCCUGUUUGUUUGAUCCAUAAUUAGCAGGUGAUAGUACAUGACUUAACUGUAGGGAGGAAAUUAAAGGAUGCUCAUGUGAAGUACAGCUGCCCAAGGAGAUAUAUUUAAGGAAAACUCUAGUUUCUGUAUCCAAGAUUGUGUUCAGCACAGGAACUAGCUGUUCUCUGCCAUGCUAACCAGUGUUUCCAGUCCAUGAAUGAUGUUCUCGCUUUCAUUAGCAGCUAAUAUCUUAACUACACAGGAUCCACUGGAUGAUGUGAAUUAAGGGCUUGAUUCUGCCGUGCUGUGGGAUCCUUUAAAGAGGACAUAGGCAGUGUUGUUUCUGUGUGGGAGAUGCUUCUGUUUUUGAGAGUGCCUAGGACAGAAAAGACUGCUCUUCCCUUGGUUUGGAGAAGGAUAUUGUCUGUGCUGCAAAGGAAAAGGGGAAGCUGGAAUUCAUGCUAAAUCGAAAUCCAAAGCAUAUAGAUAAGCACUGGGCUCUGCCCAUGUUUACUAAAGCAGCUUAGCAAAAAGGAAGAGCGUCCCAGCAAUGAUGGUAGGAUUUAACCACGUGCCAGCUGGCAAGUACAAAGGGCAAUGUAGGAAAUACCAACUUGCAAUUGCAAACCUUCUAUUAAAGAGUAACAUAUGGACUAUAUGAAAAAAACCUCCUGGUCUAUAUCUCUCAGCAAAUUGCAGUUUGCAAGCCAUUUAGGUGGAAAUGAGAAAGGACUGUUCCUGAUUGAGAUCACAAAAAAAGUUCACAACUAAUUAAUUUUUAUUUCUUAAUGAUCUUUAGACUCUUCUUAAUGGUGUAUCUGGAGUGAAAGGCUCUCUGUAAACCUAGCAGGAUUUUCUACCUGAGGACUGCAAAAUUUAUCCUGUUUCAAAAAGAGAGACCUUUAUUGUCUGAAAUCUUCUUCUGCCAAAACAGGUAAACAUUGGGAAAUUUCUUAUGACAAUUUAUGCAGUGUGAACUUUCUUUUAGCUCAUGUAAGAAAGGUAUCAUAGGACCAUGUGUAGUCCACAGGAGAGGGAAAGGGAUGUCUCCUGACCUGCAGCACCUUCCCUGCGUGUUCCUAGGAGGCCUUGCCAAGUGGGCAGGAGAGGAUUUAGGCAGGUGUCAGCACUGGGUGAGUGCAAGCAGGCAUUCCAGGAAGUCUUUGCGGAACUGAUUCAGCCCCCAGGGCUCCACCAGCCUAACCGCUCCCUGUGCUGUGAUGCUUCCGUCAUCACCCAUGUGCUAGGGCAGAAGGGGUGGGUGCAGUGUGUUUUGCCACAAUUUCUGACAGUUAUUUUAUUGCGAUUAUUUACUACCACAAUCCAGAAGUAAUAGGCUUGCCCAGCUAUGGCAGGGUGUGACCUGUUUCUGUGCAGCUUGUGUUUGUUUAAGCUGCCACCAGGACCCUCUCUGUCACCUUCCAUCUCUGCUGUAAACUACGCACCCUCUGGCAAUGGAGUAGAGCUUGUCACUCCUGUCAGAUGUGAGAAGGUUCUUCGUAUGCCCUCAAGACCACUUUCAAAUGUGGAUGCCUCUGUGUUCAGUACCUAACUCCCUGUAGGAUGUUUAAAUAACAAUAUUUCACAGAUUAUUUAGAUUACUUCUAGCUACAUUAAAUUGCAGAUUUUGAGCACACUGGAUGUUUUUGCCAAAGGGAAUUGCUCUCCAAUAUCCAAGAGGAUAAGACAGAAGUGGCAUGUUUUUUGUAAGGAAGAUGCAAGUGGUUCAGGCAGAUGCAGGGAAAGGAAGAAAAACUACACCAACACGGCACAGAAAUUUGCUCUUGACUGCUCUGGAAAGCUAGGGGAGCUGUCAGCAAGGGCCUACCGGCACUUGUGUGGUGCGUUUUUUAUUAAGUUCGGAAAAAAUGCUAAUUUUGUGGCUUGACAGGGAGGCAUGUGUUUGCUGCUAUGGUGCCCUGCCAGUUGUGCUGACAAAAGCCCCUCAUCCACAGAAGAACCCCCGGCAGUCAGCCUAGGAGAGGCAGCCCCAGUGAACAGAGCAGCAGGAUGCAGAUUUGAGGGGAUCAUUCAAAAAGGAGGCUUGUAUGUGUAGCUUCCAGCGUCCCUGCCAUGCGCUGCAGCUCGCCCUGGUCAGCCCUCCCAGGUGCACCAGAAGAAUCAGGGGCUUUUUGCCUACUGUUGAAACGUCACACCUCUGAAUUGGGCUAUAUGAGGAAAAAGAACAAGACAGGGGCAUUUUGAUGCCCUUUGCCCUCAACAUUUAAAGUGUUAGGUAACAGCAGCAAUUAAUCUCAUUGCUUUUGCAGCAUUUCCCACAAGUCUCACCGUCACAGUCAUAUCCUGAGUCACUCCCUGUGAUCAGCCUUCUAAAACAUGUUUGCCUCCACACUGAGUGGUAGUAAAAGGCUUUUAAAAAUAGCAAUAAAUAAUAGUUAGACUGAGGUGCUUGUCACUGGGAAUGUUUUGGUGCCAAUACUUGUAAAGUUUGUUUGCCAGGACUGAGUGAGCAGCAGAGCGGGUUUGGACAUCCCUGCAGACACACCAAGUACUUCCCCAGGACUCUUCUCUAAUGCUGGUCAAUGGCCAUAUCCAUUCCAAAUCCAUGUGGAAUUCUCGUGCUCUCAUAGUGAUGUUUAAUCCUUAGUUUUCUUCCUUAAAUUAAUUGGAACAGAUGCAUUUUACUUAAAUGCUCUUCCUAUGCUGACUAAUGUUUUCUACUCUCUACACAUAAAGGAUCUAAUCCAGCAUCCGUUGUAGUGACUGAGGUAACUUUCCCAUGAACUGUAAUAAAACUUUUUUAGGCUCAAAUUAUUGCGUGAUCAGGGUCCCCUGUGUGUCGUAUAUGCUUUCGCAUGGCUCUGUGUUCUGCCUCUUUCUGUGGUACUGUUGCUGCCUUUCCAUCUUGUAUUUAUUUUUAAACGUAUACUUAUUACUGUAGCAGGACCUGUAUUAUGUGAGAUUGAACAAAACAGGUUCAAGGUCUGAAACACCUUCCUGAGAUGAGAAUGAAUGUGAAUUUUCUGUAGUUAUUUUACUGAACUGUCUGUUUCCCGUUGUGUAAGAUCUUCUAGGGAUAUAGAGGUGCUUGCUAUAGUCACAGAUAAGAACUACUCUUCAGUUCACUCUUACUUGUCCCUUCAGAAACGAAGCAAGAUCUUCCAGUUUCAAAAGGGCUGUGUGCUCUGUUUGUGUAAGAUUUCAGGAGCUUUGAAAUCUGUAUUUAAUUGCUUGUUCUCUUGAGCUGCUGAAAUUAAAAAGCAGGACAGAAAUCCAUGCAGGGGUAAGAAAUAACAAAACAAAACCAAAAAAAGAAGAAGAAAGGAAUAUGCUUACUUGUUUUACAGAAGUAAAGGUCUAAAGCAAGUGUGGCUUCUGUACUGCAAGGUGGGAUGAGACCUCUUCUGUGUCUACUUUGUGUUGCGUAUAUGUAAUAUCCUUGUUGAGGGAAAACCUAGAGAGAGUGCCUGAUGUUCCUCAAAAGCAGUAUGGUAAUGCUAAGUCCCUUGGUCUUUAUUCUAGUAAAAUGCUAGAAGAGAUGGGAGUCUUACUUUGGUUAAGGAUGACAGCAGGCAGCCCCCAGAUCUGCAAAAUCCAAUAUGGAAAAGCCCUGUGGGAUGCAGUAAAAACUAAACACUUCUCUUAAGCAGUGCCAAACCUGACAUAAAAGGUUUCCAAUAAAAUCUGCUAGGAUGGGUUUACUUAAAAGAAAAGAAAAAUCAGAAUAAAUACUUAAUAACAUCUUUUUUUAAAGGAAAUUCUGAUAAUUUCAGUCAUUUGGUUUAGGCCCUGUUAAAUUCUAUAGGACUUCUCCUAACAGCAGGUCAAAGUUGACGUGUAAAAUCAUAAUGGUUUAUUUGAGCAGCUUUCAGAAUUGCAGCAGUAGAGCUCAUCUUUUGUGAGCUCUAUGUCAAAAGGUAGAUUUUCAGCAUUUGUUUGUGCUUCUUUUAUCAACCUGAAUGUAAAAGUACCUUGUGCUCUUAACAUUGCCCUAUUUCCUUCCCUCUGUCUCUGAAUGUUUGCUUCCAAGACGCUGGGGUUCUGAGGACAUUUUCCAAACCAGUAUUAUUUAAAGUUGUAUCAUAUUUUCAGCCUCCACUAAUUAUACAGUACUGUAGUAGCAAAAUAUAAUUUUUAAGGAUUGGAUUAUUUUUAUACCUUCAUCCAAUAUUAUUAAAUCUGGCGUUAUAGUCAGUAUUAUAAAAGGAUACAAUAAAACUCUGAAUAUCA